CAUUUUUUCUCUUUAGUUUCCUCUUAUGAUCAUCAACAUACACCACAAUCAAAAAUGUGUGGAGGUGCGAUCAUCUCCGACUUCAUUGAGGCUCGACGAGGUCGGAAAAGGACUACUCAAGACCUCUUGGCCGAAUUCGAUAUGUUCUUUGACAACACUAGCUCUGGUGGUUUGAACAAGCAAGCUAAGGGUUCAGAUGAAACGAACGAAGGCUCGGUGAAAAAGUCAAAGCUUAUGAAACAAGGAGGUAGGGCAAGGAAGAACGUCUACAAAGGAAUUAGACAAAGGCCAUGGGGGAAAUGGGCAGCUGAAAUUCGAGAUCCCCGGCAAGGUGUUCGAGUUUGGCUUGGUACGUAUAACACCGCUGAAGAAGCAGCAAGAGCUUACGACGCUGCAGCCAAGCGCAUUCGAGGUGACAAAGCCAAACUCAACUUUCCUGCUGAUCAACAACACUCAGAACCAUUGCCGCCGCCGCCAUCAGCACCACCGUCCAAAAGGCGAUGUUUGAGUUCCGGGUCGACUCGUCAGAGUUAUUAUGAACCAACUUUCAUGCCUCUUGAAAAAUAG